AUGCUCGAUUUAAGUGAGAAUUCACUUAUCGGGAAAAUACCACCUCAACUUGGAGAUAUGAAAAGGUUAGAAACGAUGAAUCUCUCCCACAAUGAUCUGUCUGGCUCCAUUCCCUACAUUUUUGGUGAAAUGUCUGAAAUGUCAAGCUUGAUCAGUGUUGAUAUAUCAUACAAUCGAUUGGAGGGUCCUCUUCCCAACAAUAAAGCCUUUUGUGAGGCUCUGUUUGCAGCAUUAAGAAAUAACAGUGGUUUGAAGGCCUGCCCCUCUUCUAUUACUUGGAGCAAGAAUUAUGGUGAGAAAAGGCAAAAUAAAGUUGUGAUUUUCUUUAUUGUUCCUAUCCUAGGCGCAAUGUUUCUAUCAUUGAUUCUAUUUGGGAUUCUUUACCAUGUUCUCAAGCGCCAAGGUAAGAGGAACAAGCUAAACAAUCUAAGAGAAGCUCAAAAUGGUAAUAUGUUCGAACUUUGGAGCUAUGAUGGGAAAAUGGUGUAUGAAAGUAUCAUUGAAGCAACAGAGGGAUUUGACUCCAAACAUUGUGUUGGAGUGGGAGGGUGUGGAAGUGUUUAUAAAGCAGAGCUACAAACAGGUCAAGAUGUUGCUGUGAAAAAAUUUCAUUCAAUACAGGAUAAUAGGAUUGCCAAUGCAAAGGCUUUUGAAAAUGAGAGUCAUGCUCUGCUAGAAAUUAGGCAUCACAACGUAGUAAAGCUUUAUGGCUUCUGCUCACAUCCACGACACUCAUUUUUAGUUUACGAGUUUUUAGAAGGGGGAAGCUUGAAAGAGAUAUUGAGCAAUAAAAAAGAGGUAGUUAAUUUUGAAUGGGUCAAAAGGGUGAAUGUAGUAAAAGGCGUGGUUGAUGCUUUAUCCUACAUGCAUCAUGAUUGUUCACCUUCAAUAGUUCAUCGAGACAUAUCAAGCAAGAACAUCAUGUUGGAUUUGGAAUAUGAGGCUCACAUCUCGGAUUUUGGCACAGCUAAGUUUUUAAAUCCUGACUCAUUGAAUCGGACUUCAUUUGUCGGAACAUUUGGAUACACAGCUCCAAAGCUUGCAUGCACAAUGGAAGUGAAUGAAAAAUGUGAUGUUUAUAGCUUUGGAGUGUUAACAUUAGAAAUAAUUAUGGGAAAGCAUCCAGGAGACCUCAUCUCGUUUCUCUCAUCAUCGUUGUCAUCAUCAGCAACAAGUUCAGCUGCCCACAGUAUUCUAUUGAAGGACAUUUUGGACCAACGCCUCGAACCUCCGGAAAAUGAAGUCUUAUUGAAGGUGGUCUCUAUUGUGAAGCUUGCAUUUGCAUGCUUGGCAACCAAUCCAAAAUCUAGGCCAAACAUGCAGGAGGUUUCCCGAGAGUUAUCUAUUGGAAGAGCACCUAUAUCGUCAGAGCUGUUUGACAUGCUUACCUUGGGUUUAUUGUUUAACAGUGGUUGAUGUAGUGAUUAUGUGAAGCUUUUAUUUUUUAUGAUCUUGUUCAUAGUUUGUCCCUCAGUUUGCUUUAUCGAACUACAUUUGAUCAAUAAACCAGUUGGAAUCCAAUUUCGUAUUACAUUAGAAAGUGACAUUGAAGAACCUAUGGGACAAUUGUAAAGGUAUUUGUUGAUGUGGCUUGAUUUUGGUAUAAAUUCAAGUUAUAACUUUAAUAAUAUUUAUGUAA